AUGGCGACCCGCAAGCGGGCGGCGGAGGGCCGUGGCAUGUCCUUCGUCUUCUGCUGCUUCAGAGCGGGGGACCACCCGGAGAUCACGUACCGGCUGCGGGAGGACUUUGUGCUGCAGACCAUGGAGCCCACACUCCCCAUCCCCAGCUACGACGAGUUGGACGCCAUGUUCUCUGAGCUUGUGGAUGAGCUGGACCUCACAGAAAAGCACAGGGAAGCCAUGUUCGCGUUGCCUGCUGAAAAGAAAUGGCAGAUUUACUGCAGCAAGAAAAAGGAACAAGAAGAGAAUAAAAGUGCUACCAGCUGGCCAGAGUACUACAUCGACCAGCUGAAUUCAAUGGCAGCUAGGAAGACUCUGCUAGCUCUGGAAAAAGAGGAUGAAGAGGAGCGCAACAAGACCAUAGAAAGCCUCAAAACUGCCCUGCGGACUCAGCCUAUGAGGUUUGUCACGCGGUUCAUCGACCUCGAUGGCCUCACCUGCAUCUUAAACUUCCUGAAGAGCAUGGACUAUGAGACGACGGAGUCACAGAUUCACACGUCGCUCAUCGGCUGCAUCAAGGCGCUGAUGAACAACUCGCAGGGGCGCGCCCACGUGCUCUCUCACUCGGAAAGCAUCAACAUCAUUGCCCAGAGCCUGGCCACCGACAACCUCAAGACCAAGGUGGCCGUGCUGGAGAUCCUGGGAGCCGUGUGCCUGGUGCCCGGGGGUCAUAAGAAAGCCCUGGAGGCCAUGUUGCACUACCAGAAGUUUGCCAGUGAACGGACGCGGUUCCAGAUGCUUCUGAACGAUCUGGACCGAAACACGGGCCGGUACAGGGAUGAGGUCAGCUUGAAGACGGCCAUCAUGUCCUUCAUUAAUGCCGUUUUAAGCCAGGGUGCUGGGGAGGCCAGUCUCGAGUUCAGGGUACAUUUGAGAUACGAGUUCCUCAUGUUGGGGAUUCAGCCCAUCAUCGAUAAACUCAGGUCGCACGACAACUCUACACUGGACCGGCACUUGGAUUACUUUGAAAUGCUAAGAAACGACGACGAGCUCACUUUAUCCCGACGCUUCGACAGUGUGCAUAUAGACACUAAAAGUGCUAGUCAGGUGUUUGACCUCAUACGCAAGAAGAUGACUCACACAGAAGCAUACCCCCACUUUAUGUCCAUAUUGCACCACUGCCUGCUUAUGCCUUAUAAAAGGAGUGGGAACACGGUGCAGUACUGGUUGCUUCUUGACCGCAUUGUCCAGCAGAUGGUCCUGCAGAAUGACAAGGGUCAUGACCCCGACGUCACCCCUUUAGAAAACUUUAAUGUCAAGAAUGUGGUUCGAAUGCUCGUCAAUGAAAAUGAGGUCAAACAGUGGAAGGAACAAGCCGAGAAGAUGCGUAAAGACCACCAUGAGCUCCAGCAGAAGUUGGAGAAGAAGGAGCGUGAGUGCGACGCCAAGACACAGGAGAAAGAGGAAAUGAUGCAGACACUCAACAAGAUGAAGGAGAAGCUGGAGAAAGAAGCUGGAGAACACCGAGUGGUCAAGCAGCAAGUGGCGGAGCUCAGUGCCCGUUUGCAUGACCUCAGCAUGAGGCAGGCAGCCAUCGUACCAGGUGGUCCUCCCCUCAUACCUGGACCCCCAGGUGGGCCACUCACUCUCCCACCUCCUCCCCCACCUCCAGGGGGCACGAUGCCCCUUCUUUUGCCCCCUCCACCCUGCAGUGCUAUGAUGCCCCCUCCUCCGCCCCCUCCACCUGGGGGCCCCCCGCCACUUCCCGGCCGCCCUCCUCUGGGCGGGCCGCCCCCUCCUCCCGGGGCACCUGCGGGUCCGGCUCUGAAGAAGAAGAACAUUCCCCAGCCGUCCAAUCCGCUUAAGUCCUUCAACUGGGCCAAGCUGUCUGAGAACAAGCUUGAGGGAACAGUGUGGGCUGAGCUUGAUGACGGCAAGGUUUUCAAGAUCUUAGACCUGGCAGACAUCGAGAAGACCUUUUCAGCGUACCAGAGACAGCAGGACUUCUUUAUGGUCAAUAACAGCAAACGGAAAGAGGCCGAGGACGACGCGCUGAGCUCAAAGAAAGUCAAAGAGUUGUCUGUCAUCGAUGGCCGGCGUGCCCAGAACUGCAACAUCCUGCUCUCAAGACUGAAACUCUCCAAUGUGGAAAUAAAGAGGGCUAUCUUGACUAUGGAUGAACAGGAAGAUCUGCCCAAGGACAUGCUGGAGCAGAUGUUGAAGUUUGUCCCAGAGAAGAGUGACGUGGAUCUCCUUGAGGAGCACAAGCACGAACUAGACCGCAUGGCCAAGGCCGAUCGCUUCCUCUACGAGAUGAGCAGAAUAAGCCACUACCAGCAGAGGUUACAGUCUCUGUACUUCAAGAAGAAGUUUGCAGAGAGGAUUGCAGAGAUAAAGCCCAAAGUUGAAGCCUUGAGCAAGGCCUCCAGAGAGGUACUGCACAGCCGGAACCUCAAGCAGCUGCUGGAGGUGGUGUUGGCGUUCGGCAACUACAUGAACAAGGGUCAGAGAGGCAACGCAUAUGGCUUCAAAGUGUCCUCGCUCAACAAGAUCGCCGACACCAAGUCCAGCAUCGACAAGAAUAUCACGCUCUUGCACUAUUUGAUCACCAUCUUGGAGAAGAAGUACCCCAAAGUCAUGCAGUUCCCCGAAGACCUACAGAACGUGCCGGAAGCCGCUAAAGUCAACAUGACCGAACUGGAGAAGGAGAUCGCCAACCUGCGCAGUGGUCUGAAGAGCGUGGAGAGCGAGCUGGACUUUCAGAAGAAGCGUCCUCAGGAGACGGGGGAUAAGUUUGUGUCGGUGGUGAGCCAGUUUGUCACGCUCGCCAGCUUUAGCUUCUCCGAUGUGGAAGACUCCCUCAAUGAAGCCAAGGAACUGUUCGUGAAGGUGGUCAGGCACUUCGGUGAAGACGGCAGGAAGAUGCAGCCAGACGAGUUCUUCGGCAUCUUCGACCAGUUCCUGCAGGCCUUUGGCGAAGCUCGGCAGGAGAAUGAGAACAUACGGCGACGCAAGGAGGAGGAGGAGCGGCGUGCGCGCAUGGAGACUCAGCUAAAGGAACAGAGGGAGCGGGAGAGGAAGGCCCGCAAGGCCCGGGAGAACGGGGAGGACCAUGGCGGCGAGUUCGACGACCUGGUGUCGGCGCUGCGCUCCGGCGAGGUGUUCGACAAGGACCUGUCCAAGAUGAAACGCAACCGCAAGCGCAUCAACAGCCAAACCACGGACACGGGCCGGGAACGGCCCAUCACCAAGCUCAACUUCUGAGCCUCGAGUCCGCUUCGGCCUGAUCCCAGAGCUCGACCGCUGAGCCACGCGGUUCUGGGACUUCCCACUCCACCCAGGGCCCGUGCCCUCAGUCAUGCUCUCCAAAACCAUUCUCUUCCCAGACAGGACAAUGCUGCCUCCCGGUGAGACCAAGUGGGAGAGCAGCCCUUACCUCCACAACGUACUGUACAGUGGACAAAGCAUAAGUCAAGGGUGUAUUGAAAGGACGGGUCAUAUAACAAGUCUCUGGAGGGAGUGUUUGCUCUCCCACUGACUCUGGAAACGAACGGCGACAGAGUGAAAGGAAGAGACCGGGCUUUUGAGACUAUGGCUGCCAAAAUAACCUCAUUUAGCGGUUUGCGGAUUUGGAGAUGUUACCUUGGUCCUGGCGUGCCAAGACUAGCGACUCCAAACACAAAACGAAAACUAGGCAAAUCUGGAUUUGACCUGAUCCAAAGCAGAGGUACACCGUCCUCCUACUGUCCUAUCGCUCCAUGCAUCACAAGCAACCGACACCAAAGCACAAUUUGCCUGUCCGCGUGUCCUAGACAUGGCGUGCAGAAUCACAGACUGCGAGCGGAUUCACGCCAUUCCAUGCCGAGGAUCCGUGCAGGCCGCCCUCCGCCAAGUUCCGUCCGAGCUAGGAUCAGGGUCAGCCCUAGUCCGAAAGACGGCUAGCAACGUUCUAACCUGCUUCAGAAUAAAACCAGCCCUAUAAAGUUCCAACGCUUGUAAAGCAGCUCCACAAACACCCCCAACCCCAUUUUGUUUUUGUCUUUUUCUUUUAAGGACCAUUUUUAUAUAGAGUGCUUUUAUUGAAUAUUAAUUACAGUAACCAGGGUUAUGGGUUGCUCAUUUACAGCAUUAUACGGAAUCGCGUCGGCUGUCCGACACAUGCUAAAGUUUGAGUGCAGGCCCAAGCCCCGCCGUACGAGACACUGUGGGUGGCCAGCGGUGCAGACUCUGGGCAUUUAUGUUGCUGGGAUGUUUUGUCAGGCCUGUGCCGUAACAUGUUGACUGAUUGAAAACGACUAACCGAACUGAUGCAAUACUUUCGCCUACAGCGCCUCGUUGCCGGAUACGGUCCAACCUUCGUAUCCAAGGUCUAGUUUUAUGUUGUGACAAAGUUUCCUUUUGCAGUGUGGGAUGCUUCCAUUGGUCUUUUGUAAUUUAAAAAAAUGCCUUCCAUUGUAAGAUGGACCUAAAGGUGAAUAAAUUGGAGAAAAUUCAAGUUA